AUGAGAACAAACGUGGUGUGUAGCCUGGGUCCGUUCUUCCUGCGUGACGUUGCCUUUUCCAUGCAUAAUAGAGAAGCCCCGUUCGGCUUGUUCAGGAUGGAGCCCAAAGAUGUGAGCGGCGACGCGGACCAGAUGGAGGUGUUCGUGCGACCGGAGAAUGCCAAUUACCAAGCGUUCGGGCGGCCGAAGAACGACCUGGUGCUGAGAGUCAUCGAGAAUAAAGAGGAGGGAAAGACGCUGGAGAGGAUCCCCGUGUGGUUUAUGCGGCAGGCUGGCCGCUACCUUCCGGAGUACCGCCAAAUGAGAAGCAGAAACGACUUCUUCGAGAUGUGCCAGAACCCAGAACUCUCCUCCCAAGUGACCAUCAUGCCCCUCAAGCGAUUCUCAUGUGACAUGCUUGUAAUAUUCUCCGACAUACUCAUCAUUUUUGUGGCCAUGGGGAUGAAGAUAAAAUUUAUUGACAGUGUUGGACCUACAUUCGAACAGACGGUUACCUCCUUUGAGCAGUUCCAAGGGCUAACCUUGUCACUAGAGGAAAUUAUAAACAAUAUGCACUAUGUGUAUGAUGCCAUCAGUUUGACGAAGAAGAAAAUAAACAAUGCAGUUCCAAUUUUAGGAUUCGCGGGAUCACCAUUUACUCUCUUUACGUACUUAACGAAAAACAACAAGAGGACAUAUGAAGACAGCAUUCGGAUGGUCUAUGAACGUCCGGGGGAUGUUCAUAAGAUUCUGAGUAAGUUAACUGAGGUGUGUGUAAGUCACCUCAUUAACCAGAUUGACAGUGGGGCAAAUGCUGUGCAGCUCUUCGAUAGCAAUGCGGAUAUCAUAGACACAAAUAUGUUUUCUCAAUUUAGUUUGUCUUAUUUAAAGAGAGUUAUCGACACAGUGAAGAAAUUCAGACCACAUGCAUUCAUCAUUUUAUUUUUGAAGGAGAAUUUCCAUCCAGAUUUGAAACACCUCAAUAUUGAUGUCCUUUCCAUAACACAUAAACAGCUAGCUUCGAAAACCUCCAGUUUUUAUUACGACCUAUUUAACGGGAAGAUUAUCCUGCAGGGGGCUCUGGACCCACACAUAAUGCUCCUAAACGAUGAGAAGCUCGUGUCGCAGUAUACAUCUGCGAUGAUUAAUCAAAUUAGGCGCACCAACAAGUACAUUGCCAACUUGGGCCACGGGAUGCUGCCCGGCUCGAGAGUCGAAAAUGUGCGGGCCUUCAUCGACGCCGUGGGGGGAUACUUCCCUGCGUAA